AUGGGAAAUUGCUUUGGAAGUCGUUCCAAGGUUGAUGUCCCUCUCACCUCCCAACCCAAUUCAGCUCAUCUUAAAAGCACUCAAUUGUUAGUUCAAUCAGCAAAUGGAAACAGUGAAGGUGGUAAACCUGAGAUUCUACCAACUCCGAGAUCGGAAGGGGACAUACUUUCCUCUCCUCAUUUAAAAGCCUUUACAUUUAAGGAUCUUAGGAAUGCCACUAAAAACUUCAGUAAUGAUAGUUUGAUCGGACAAGGAGGAUUCGGUUACGUUUAUAAAGGCUGGAUUGAUGGUCGAUCGCUUAAAGCCGCAAAGCCUGCUGCUGGAACUGCUGUUGCUGUCAAGAAACUUAAGCCUGAAGGUUUUCAAGGCCAUAAAGAGUGGCUGUCUGAACUCAAUUAUCUUGGCCAACUUCAUCAUCCAAAUCUUGUCAAACUUACUGGAUAUUGCCUAGAUGGGGAUAACAGGCUUCUAGUCUAUGAGUUCAUGCCUAAUGGAAGCUUAGAAAAUCAUCUAUUUCGCAAGGGCACACAACUACUUCCUUGGGCAACAAGGAUCAAAGUUGCGACUGGUGCUGCUCGAGGUCUCACUUUUCUACAUGACUCUAAUCAACAAAUUAUCUACCGUGAUUUCAAGGCUUCUAAUAUUUUAUUAGACUCGGAAUUUAAUGCGAAACUCUCAGACUUUGGAUUGGCCAAAGCAGGGCCUACUGGCGAUCGUUCUCAUGUUUCUACUCAAGUCCUGGGAACUCAAGGCUAUGCUGCUCCUGAAUAUAUUGCUACAGGUCGGCUGACAACAAGGUGCGAUGUCUAUAGCUUUGGAGUUGUGCUACUAGAACUACUAUCAGGCCGAAAUGCGGUCGAUAAAACAAAAUCAGGAGUGGAACAUAAUCUGGUAGAUUGGGCGAGACCGUAUUUGGGCGAUAGAAGGAAAUUGUUUCGGAUUAUGGACACGAGAUUAGAAGGGCAGUAUCCACAAAGGGCAGCUUAUACAGCUGCAAUUCUUGCAUUACAGUGUAUUAGUGAGGCCAAGUUUAGACCACAAAUGUCUGAGGUUUUGGCUACUUUGGAACAAUUGCCGGUCAUCAGAAAUUCGCCUUCUCCUUCUAGAUUAGAGGUGAAACCAAUCUCAAGUCCAAUACCAGAGAUAAUCUAA